GGGAUGACAAGACACGAUCCUUUCUCAAACGGGCAGGCUCAUCACUACAGCGUGCUCAGUUGCUGUGGCAAGCUCACCUCGCGAAACAAUUAUUUCAAAAUAAACCUGAUUUUUUUUCUACAGUGUGUUGUGUAGUUCCCGCGGUGAGAUAUAUCGACGAGAAAAGGCUGAAACGAGUUUUGUAUGUAAAAAAUUAAAAAAUAAUAUGAUCCAAGAAAUCCUGUCGUAUUGGCGGACCCUGUGCUGCUUAGCUGUCAUUGGAAUCGCCGGCUCCGCUCUAUUUCUCUUAGCUGCUUUGCGUGUUUACGUUUAUUAUUCUACGGGUGUUUGCAAAAGCAAGAAGAAGAUGGACGGAAAAACCGUUAUAAUUACGGGCUGCACUUCCGGCAUUGGUCGUGAGACAGCGAAGGAUUUGGCAAGGAGAGGCGCCAAGGUCAUAAUGGCAUGUAGAAACGUCGAGACAGCAAGCAAACUGAAAGAUGAGAUCGUCAAGGCAACGAAAAAUUCGAACGUUCAUGUCCGAAAAUUGGAUCUUUCCUCUUUGAAAUCCGUCCGCGAAUUUGCCCAGCAAAUCAAUCGCGAAGAAUCCAGAUUGGACGUUCUCAUUCACAAUGCAGGAACUGCUGAAACGUUCGCCAAAAAAGUAUCCGAAGAUGGAAUCGAAAUGACGAUGGCCACGAAUCACUACGGCCCAUUCCUUUUGACGCAUCUACUCAUCGAUCUCUUGAAACGUUCGGCGCCAAGUCGCAUCGUCGUGGUGGCCUCCGAAUUGUACAGAAUUUCGAGUCUCAAUUUGAACAACGUUAAUCCAACGUCGAGCUUCCCCGCCUAUCUCUAUUACGUAUCAAAAUACGCAAACAUUUGUUUCACUCUGGAAUUGGCGCGUCGACUCGAGGGAACAGGAGUUACGGCGAAUUGUCUUCAUCCGGGAAUGAUCGACAGCGGUAUAUGGAGGAACGUUCCGGCUCCUCUGUCAUGGUGCCUCAAUCUCAUUAUAAAAGGAUUCUUCAAGACACCAGAACAGGGAGCUCAGACGAGUAUUCAUCUCGCGGUUUCCGAUGAACUCGAUGGUGUAACAGGAAAAUACUAUCUUGAUUGCAAAGAAUAUGGACUGAGUCAAGGCGCUAAAGAUCCAGCGAAAGCUAAAAAGUUCUGGGAACUGAGCGAAGCCAUUGUUAAGCUGCAGAGUAGUGAUCCGAAGAUAUAACUUUUGGGGUUUUACAAAGUUUCCAUUUAUUAAGGUUAAAUACUAUGAUUUUUAUGCGUCUCGUGGGUUCGGAGAAUGAAGUAUGACUGGUUUUCACUAUAUUCAGAUUUAUUGUUGGCAUAAUAAAUUUGUUGUUAUUAUUACUAUUAA